AUGUCUGCUCCAGCUAUUAAGUACAAGGUCGCAGAUCUAUCCCUUGCUGCCUUUGGUCGCAAAGAAAUAGAACUCGCCGAGAAUGAAAUGCCGGGUCUCAUGGCCACCCGGGCCAAAUACGCAGGUGACCAACCUCUGAAGGGUGCCCGCAUUGCUGGCUGUCUGCAUAUGACAAUUCAAACAGCCGUGCUUAUUGAGACUCUCACAUCCCUAGGUGCUGAGGUGACCUGGUCAUCUUGCAAUAUUUUUAGCACUCAGGAUCAUGCUGCCGCUGCAAUUGCUGCUGUUGGAAUCCCUGUCUUUGCGUGGAAAGGUGAAACCGAAGAAGAAUAUCAGUGGUGCUUGGAACAGCAAUUGUUGGCAUUUAAAGAUGGAAACACCCUCAACUUAAUUCUCGAUGACGGCGGUGACUUAACAGCUCUUGUUCACAAGAAGUACCCAGAGAUGCUCAAGGGAUGUUUUGGUGUAUCUGAAGAGACCACUACUGGUGUUCACCAUCUUUACAAGAUGUUGAAAAACAAAACUCUCCUUGUUCCUGCUGUUAACGUCAAUGACUCCGUCACCAAGUCUAAGUUUGACAACUUAUAUGGUUGCCGCGAGUCGCUCAUUGAUGGAAUCAAACGCGCAACCGAUGUCAUGAUCGCAGGAAAGAUUGCUGUUGUCGCUGGUUUCGGUGAUGUAGGAAAAGGAUGCGCUAUGGCUCUCCAGGGAAUGGGUGCUCGUGUCUUGGUCACAGAGGUUGACCCGAUUAACGCCCUCCAGGCUGCUGUAUCCGGUUUCCAAGUCACCACAAUGGAGAAAGCUGCUAGUGAAGCUCAAAUAUUUGUGACGACUACAGGUUGCCGUGAUAUUUUGGUUGGAAAGCAUUUCGAAGCUAUGCCUAACGAUGCAAUCGUCUGCAAUAUCGGCCACUUCGAUAUUGAAAUUGAUGUUGCUUGGUUAAAGGCCAACGCACAGAGUGUACAAAAUAUCAAGCCACAAGUUGAUCGAUUCUUGAUGAAAAACGGUCGCCACAUUAUUCUUCUUGCUGAGGGUCGCCUCGUGAACUUAGGAUGCGCGACCGGCCAUUCUUCUUUCGUCAUGUCAUGCUCUUUCACAAACCAAGUUCUAGCACAAAUUCUUCUAUUCAAAGCCGAGGACCCCGUAUUCGGCAAAAAAUACGUUGAAUUCGGCAAGACCCAAAAGCUAGAAGUUGGUGUAUAUGUCCUUCCUAAGAUUUUGGAUGAAACUGUAGCUUUACUUCACUUAGCUCACGUCAACGCUGAGCUUUCAAAGCUCACUCACGUUCAAGCUGAAUAUCUCGGCCUUGAUAUCGAAGGUCCAUACAAACCAGACUUGUAA